AUGGGUCUCUUCGAAGAUAGCACUCCAAGAUGUGAAGGAAUGGGAUUGAUUAUCCUCAUUAUUAACUUCCUCUUCCCUGGUUUCGGUACUCUCAUUGCUGCUUUCAUCACCUCUGAGAAGGAGAAGAUGCAACCAACUUUGAUUGUUGGUAUUUUGCAAAUUGUUACUUCAUGGCUAUUGAUUGGUUGGUUGUGGGCUAUCUGGUGGGGAUACAAGAUUAUGCAAGCUUCUGCAUAA